UUUGCAAAAGUGAAAUAGUGUUACUAUGUUCUCUACAUUUUGUCGAAAUUGCUUCUUCGAAUUGUAUGCUCAUGUUUUAGAAGUCAUGUAGACUUUCUCAAAAUUGGUUUUGUGUUGAAUUACAUAUUAAGUAUUUCUCAAUAAGUCCUUUGAUAAUUGUAGCAAGCCAUUCAAGGUCUGUGAGGAUGUUGGAGAAGAUGGGCACAAAAUUUGACCCUGAGGAAGUCAUAGAAGAAUUCGAGAUGCUAACAAAGGAUGCUGAGAGAGUUCAGAAAGAGACCCUGCAGAAAAUACUGGAAGAAAAUGCCAGCACAGAGUACUUAAAGAAAUGGGGUCUUAAUGGAAGAACUGACCAUGAGAGUUUCAAGGCUUUUGUCCCCCUCGUCACUCACAAGGAUUUGGAACCUUACAUUCAGAGAAUGGUGGAUGGUGAUACUUCCCCCAUUCUUACUGGAAAACCAAUAACAACCACCUCAUUAAGUUCUGGCACCACUCAGGGAAAGCCCAAGUUUGUCCCGUUCAAUAACGAAUUGAUGGAAUCCACCAUGCAGAUAUAUAAGACAUCUUUUGUAUUUAGAAACAGGGAAUUUCCUAUUGGGAAUGGAAAGGCCUUGCAGUUCAUUUACAGCAGCAAGCAAUUCAAAACGAAAGGGGGUCUGGCUGCCGGAACUGUUACUACGAACGUGUUCAGUGGUUCGCUGUUCAAGAAUACAAUGAAGGCUAUGCGGACCCAAUGUUGUAGCCCUGAUGAAGUGAUAUUUGGUCCCGACUUCCAGCAAUCCUUAUACUGCCAUCUUCUAAGCAGACUCAUUUAUUGGAACGAAGUCCAAGUAGUGUCCUCUACAUUUGCCCACAGCAUUGUUUAUGCUUUCCGAACCUUUGAACAAGUUUGGGAAGAACUCUAUACUGACAUCCGAGAAGGGGUUCUCACCAGCCAAAUCACUGUCCUAUCCAUACGAACAGCUAUGUCGAAAUUGCUCAAGCCAAACCCAAAAUUGGCUGAUAAGAUCCAUAAAAAAUGCUCGGGAUUAAGUAAUUGGUAUGGAUUAAUACCGGAGCUAUUUCCCAAUACAAAGUACAUUUAUGGGAUCAUGACUGGGUCAAUGGAACAUUAUUUGAAAAAAUUGAGGCACUAUGCGGGUGAGCUGCCACUGCUGAGUGCUGAUUAUGGGUCUUUUGAGGGAUGGAUUGGAGCAAAUGUGAACCCGAAAUUGCCCCCUAAGUUGGCCACUUUCAUUGUGUUGCCUGAUAUUGGGUAUUUUGAAUUUAUUACUAAUGUUGAGGUUCCAAAGCAAGAUGAAAUCGAAUCCUCCUUUCUCUCCAUAGAGCCUAAGACAGUGGGUCUGACUGAAGUCAAAGUUGGUGAAGAGUAUGAGAUCAUCCUCACUACUUUUGCAGGUUUGUAUCGGUAUAGGCUUGGAGAUGUGGUUAAGGUAGUGGGCUUCCACAAUUCUAGUCCAAAACUCCAAUUUAUCUGCAGGAGCAAUCUUCUCCUCACCAUCAACAUCGACAAGAACACCGAGAAAGAUGUACAACUAUCUGUUAAAGCAGCAGGAAAGUUGUUUUCCAACGAAAAACUCGAAGUAGUUGACUUCACGAGCCACAUGGACUUAUCAACAGAGCCUGGUCACUAUGUCAUCUUCUGGGAAGUGAGCGGGGAAGCAGGUGACGACCUUCUGAGGGAAUGUAGCAAUUGCUUGGACCGGUCAUUUGUAGACGUGGGCUAUGUGGGCUCACGUAAAGUUAAAGCCAUUGGAGUGUUGGAACUCCAAGUUCUUAAGAGGGGAACCUUCCAGAAGAUUCUAGAGCACUAUGUAGGGCUUGGAGCUGCUGUCAGCCAAUUUAAAACGCCGCGGUGCGUGGGGCCUACUGACCUGGAAUUAGCGAAGACGUUAGUGAGGCCCAACGGGAUGUUCUUUGAUGACGUGGCCAAGGAAUCGCUUCUAACAGAAGCGAGAUACGGGUCGAUGAGUCGGGUUUACAUAGUGUGCGAAGUAGACCAACUUAUGAAACCCGAAUUUCAGAGAUGGAUUAUUCAGAAUAGCCCACCUGAUGAAGUCAAGUCCAUUGCAAAUGCUGACCACAUGAUCAUCCUAUCUAAACCCAAGGAGCUUUGCCUCUGUUUGCAGGAGAUUUCUCAGAAAUAUCAUUGA